ACUGUGUUGACAGAUGAUAACAUAACCUAUGUAAUUAACUUGUCCUGCUUGUCUUAUAGUAAGAAUAAAAGCGAAAUAAUUUUUAUUAAAUGUAAUUGUACACUUUAAUUAAGUUUCUAAACAUUUCGUUUAAUUUUGUGCAUAUGCUGUCUGUGUGAAAUAUAGUACAGUUAAGUAACAAAAAGUGAAAAUUGGCCAAGUAUGAUUGCAGUAUACUUGUAGUACAUUUGUUGUAUAUCAUUUCUUAAAUUCUAACAGAGAAAUGAUUCAUAGUUUAUUUAUAAUUAAUUCAUCGGGAGAUGUAUUUCUUGAGAAGCAUUGGCGCAGUGUUAUAUCUAGGUCAAUAUGUGACUAUUACUUAGAAGCUCAGAGGUCAAAUCCUAAUGAUAUCCCUCCUGUAAUUGCUGCACCCCAUCAUUACUUAAUUUCCAUUCAACGAGGAGGAAUUAGUCUUAUAGCUGUCUGUAUGCAGGAAGUUCCACCACUGUUUGUUAUUGAAUUUUUACAUAGAGUGGUAGACACUUUUCAGGAUUAUUUUUCCGACUGUACAGAGUCUAUAAUUAAAGAAAACUAUGUAGUAGUUUAUGAGCUUUUAGACGAAAUGCUUGAUAAUGGUUUUCCACUUGCAACUGAGAGUAACAUUUUGAAGGAACUGAUCAAACCCCCAAAUAUUUUAAGAACGAUAGCCAAUACUGUUACAGGAAAAACUAAUGUGAGUGAAUCACUUCCUACUGGUCAAUUAUCUAACAUACCAUGGCGAAGAAGUGGUGUUAAAUAUUCUAAUAAUGAAGCAUAUUUUGAUGUAGUGGAAGAAGUGGAUGCAAUUAUUGAUAAAAGUGGCAGCACAGUAGUGGCAGAGAUUCAGGGAUAUAUUGACUGUUGUAUUAAACUUAGCGGAAUGCCAGAUCUUACUUUGUCUUUCAUGAAUUCAAGACUUUUUGACGACGUUAGCUUUCAUCCCUGUGUGAGAUUUAAGAGGUGGGAGGCCGAAAAAGUUUUAUCAUUCGUCCCACCAGAUGGAAAUUUUAGGCUGAUGUCUUAUCAUAUUAACAGUCAAAGUGUUGUUGCCAUUCCUAUUUAUGUUAGGCACAAUUUUUCUGUUAAAUCGGGGGAACAAGGUCGCUUAGACAUUACAGUGGGUCCUAAACAAACCCUAGGCCGGAUGGUAGAAGGAGUAAAAUUGGAAGUUCUUAUGCCCAAAUGUAUUCUUAAUUGUAUCCUGCAAACCAAUCAGGGUAAAUAUAAUUUUGAUCCUGUAUCGAAAAUCCUCCAUUGGGACGUAGGACGAAUUGACGUCAGUAAACUACCGAAUAUAAAAGGAAUUGUUUCUUUUGCUUCUGGUGCAAAUACGAAUGAAAUAAACCCGUCAGUUAAUGUGCACUUUGUGAUCAAUCAACUUGCUAUCAGUGGCCUAAAAGUCAAUCGAUUAGAUAUGUAUGGCGAAAAAUAUAAACCAUUUAAAGGUGUUAAAUAUAUUACCAAGGCCGGACGGUUUCAGAUCAGAAUGUAACAUGUUGUUUAAAAAAAAAAAAAUAAGAAUAACUGUCAUUAAAACAUUGUUAUUAUAACAGAUAUAGUUAAAUGUAAUGCUUUGGUGCUUGCUCUCUUUUCAAUAGUGGCAAAAUUUUGUCUGUUAUGUACUGAUAAUUGUUAAACGGAAAAGUUUGCAUUAUUCUAAUUCUAUUUAAGUUGAUAGAAAAAUUAAUAUACUGUUCUGUAAUUUAUCAUUCCUUUACUUUGUAG